AUGUUUUAUGCAUCUACUUUAAUUCCCAAACCAUUCAUUCUAAGUGUGUCUAGAUAUCGGUUGCCGUUGAGGUAUGCUGGUGAUUGCUCUAUAAAUAGUCCCCAAUUUCCUGUUUUAUCAUUUCAAUUGUUUCAGAGUAAUCAAGCAAAAGCAACAAUGUCUGCUACUCACGAAACAUCCAUUUCACCCACCGUUUUCAAUAACGAAAAAGCUAUGGUCGAGAUUUUUCCAGAUGCUAAAAGUGAUAAAGUUAGUGUAUCCCAUGACUCCACCGAUUCUCUCGAAUUAGGUGCCGAUGUUGAUGUUGACCAGGAAUUCGAAAAAUAUGUUCAAAUGGGCCAAGACCUCAAACAACAAGGAGGUGCCAAAACUUUCUUAACCAAUCUCAAGAACUUGGAAUUCCCAGUCACUUUCAAGAACAGAAACAAUAUGGUUAGAUUCUUAGGGAUUUUUACAUCUUUUGCUGGUAUUUUAUCGGGUGUUGAUCAAUCGAUUAUUUCCGGUGCUUCUAUUGGUAUGAACAAGGCACUUCAGUUGACUUCUCAUGAAAAUUCAUUGGUUUCUAGUUUGAUGCCCCUUGGUGCUGUUGGUGGAUCGAUCUUAAUGACUCCAUUGAGUGAAUAUUUCGGAAGAAAGAGAGCCAUUGUGAUUUCUUGUAUUUUGUAUACCAUUGGUGCUGUUAUUUGUUGUUCUGCUAUGAAUCAUCAUGUGAUGUAUGCUGGUAGAUUUAUUCUUGGGUUAGGUGUUGGUAUUGAAGGUGGGUCAAUUGGGGUAUAUAUUGCUGAAUGUGUUCCACCUGAUCAAAGAGGGAAUUUGGUUUCCCUUUAUCAAUUCUUUAUUGCCUUUGGUGAAGUUUUAGGGUUUGCUAUCGCGGCUAUGUUUUAUGAUGUAACUGGUGGUUGGAGAUUUAUGAUUGGAUCAUCAUUAGUUUUUUCAACUAUUUUACUUAUUGGUAUUUUAUUCCUUCCUGAAUCCCCACGUUAUUUGGUGUUUAAAGAAAAGUAUGCACAAGCCAUCAAUGUUUAUGAAAGAUUAAGACAUAUUGAAGAACGUAAAUCAAGAGUCGAAUUCUUACAAAUGGUUCAAAAUGCUCAAGCUGAAAGAGAUCUUCGUGCUAUUCAAAGUAGAAUUCAAGUUUGGCUUGAAUUAUUCACUAUUCCAAGAAAUCGUCGUGCUUUAUUAUACGCGGUUGUUAUGGUUUCCUUAGGUCAAUUAACUGGUAUCAACGCGGUUAUGUAUUACUUAUCUACUAUGAUGGCAAAUAUCGGGUUUGACGAAAAGAAUGCUGUUUUCAUGUCGUUGGUAGGUGGUGUUGCGUUAUGGUUGGGAACAAUUCCUGCUAUCUUGUAUAUGGACAGAUUUGGUCGUAGAGUCUGGGGGAUGAAUCUUGUUGGGUUCUUUGUUGGUCUUGUUCUUGUUGGUGGAGGUUAUAUGAUCGAUCUUAAAGCGCAUCCAGCAGCAGCUGAAGGUGUCUAUCUUACUGGUUAUACAAUCGAUCUUAAAACCAAUCCAUCGGCUGCUGAAGGUGUCUAUCUUACUGGUCUUAUCUUAUAUAUGGGAUUCUUUGGUGCUUAUGCAUGUUUGACUUGGGUGUUACCUGCUGAAUCCUUUUCGAUUGGUACUCGAUCCAUUGGUAUGACUAUUUGUUCAUCAUUCUUGUAUUUAUGGGCUUUUACUGUCACUUAUAAUUUCAACAGUAUGAAAGAAGCAAUGACUUAUCCUGGUUUAUCAAUUGGAUUCUAUGGAGGUAUUGCAUUCCUUGGUUUCUUUUACCAAAUCUUCUUUAUGCCUGAAACGAAGGGAAAGACUUUGGAAGAAAUUGAUGAAAUUUUUGAAAAGCCAUCAAUGGAACUUGCAAGAGAGAAUAUGAGAAAUAUGAAGAGAUUUUGGAUGAAGAAUUAG